AUGUUAAAAUAUUCUCUAUUGCACGCUAAACCUCACUCGUUACAACGAUUGAUGGUAUCACGUUCCAUGUCUACUACAAUGGUACACAACAUCCUACAUAAAUUCCCAAUGGUGACAGAAAAUGGUGAACACUACUGGGCUCAUCAAGAAAACUCAAUUCAUCAAAGUGCAAGACCAACUUUUAAAGGUGAAUCAUUCGCAUUACAGAAGGAUUUACCACCGUUGCCGGUCCCAGAACUGAAUGAAACAGUUGCUAAAUAUUUACAAUCGGUUAAACCUUAUAUUAAGGAGGAUCCAGAGACUUUGCAAAGGCAGGAGGCUCUGUGUCAGGAUUUGUUAAAUAAUCAGGGGCCCGUUUUACAACAAAGAUUGGUCCAGUACGCCAAAGGGAAACGUAAUUGGAUGUCUACGUUUUGGGAUAAACAAGCCUAUCUAGAGUACGACGACCCUGUAGUGCCUUAUGUAUCUUAUUUCUACAGUCAUAAACCGUUACCGUCUACUCAUUCGGCCAUUCAGAAUGAUCCUUUGAUGAAGGCUACUGCAAUUGUCGUCACUGCCACUAAAUUUAUCGAAGCAAUUAAAGACGAAUCCUUACCUGCUGAAGUGGUCAAGAAAAAUCCGUUCUGCAUGAAUAGUUUCCAAUUGAUGUUUAAUACCUCUAGAUUGCCUGGUCCUCCAGAAAUUAAAAGUGACACUAAUAUCUUUUACUCAAUUUAUGAAAACAAUUUUAUUAUUGUCGCUUACAAAGGAAAUUUCUAUAAAGUUUUCACUCAUGACUCCAAGACUGCCAAACCUUUGCCAUCUAAUAAAAUCUGGAUGCAAUUAUAUUCAGUGGUAAAUGGAAGCCAGGGUCAAAAUGUUCGUGCUACUCAAACUCAAAGCAAUGGUGUUGGGUCCUUGACCUCUUUACCAAGAGAUCAAUGGCGUACUGCUUAUGCCGAACUGAUCAAGGAUCCAAUCUCCAAAGAAUCCUUGGAGACUAUCCAUAAGGCUUCAUUUAUGCUAUGUCUGGACUUAGACAAAGCUCCGGUUACUUUAGAAGAGAAAUCAAGAAACUGCUGGCAUGGGGACGGAAUCAAUAGAUUCUACGACAAAUCAUUGCAAUUCUUUGUCACUGGAAAUGGUACUUCUGGUUUCCUUGGGGAACAUUCAAAGAUGGACGGUACUCCAACUCUAUUUUUAAAUAAUUACAUGUGUCAAGAGAUGACGAAACUGAACCCUGUAGAGUUUGUGGGAAGUGUCAGUCCUACUUCAUCAAAGGCGGUCCCAUCUCCGCAACCACUAUCAUUUACUGUGACCCCUAUAAUUCAAUCUCAUAUAUCUGAUGCCAAGAAACAAUUCAAGGAAACUAUGGGCCAACACAAUUUGAAAGUAUGGCAUUACAAUAGAUAUGGUAAGGAGUUCAUCAAGUCUCAUAAGAUGUCACCAGAUGCUUACUUACAGCAAAUUGUUCAAUUGGCUAUCUACAAAUAUUUGGGUAAACAAUUACCUACUUAUGAAGCAGCCUCUACUAGAAAAUUCUUCAAAGGUAGAACCGAGACAGGUCGUUCAGUCAGUGAAGCAUCUCAAAAAUUUGUUCAAUCAUGGGAUAAGCCAACUGUUUCUAAUGCGGAAAGAAUCAGAUUAUUAAGAGAAUCUGUUGCUGCACAUGCAUCUUACUUGAAAAUGGCCUCUGAGGGUCAAGGUAUCGAUCGUCACUUCUUCGGACUGAAAAAUAUGCUAAAUGCUGAACAACCAAACGAGACAAUUCCAGCAUUGUUCAAGGAUCCAUUAUUUAAUUAUUCUUCGAAUUGGUUGAUAUCUACAUCUCAAUUAACCUCAGAACAUUUUGAUGGAUACGGUUGGUCCCAAGUCAACGAUAUUGGGUUCGGCUUAGCUUAUAUGUUAAACAAAAAUUGGCUACAUAUCAAUAUUGUCAACAAGCCAGCUUUCAGCGGUCUAAGUGUCGAAAGAAUGCACUACUAUUUGAGCGCUGCUGCUGACGAGAUGGCCGAUGCCUUGAUUAAAGAAUCUACUACUGCCAAAUUAUAA